CUAUCAUUGGUUGCAGGUUUCAGGCAAGCUUUUGAUACUCCGGAAAUGUCAAGCCCGGAAAGCGAAAGUCGGAACCGGAAGCGGGAGAGUGACCCGGUGUCACGCGCGACGAUGCCUACUUCUGCCUGGUCAUUGCAUGCAGAUGUUUCCUGCAAGUCCGUGACGGCGUCCGUGAUGAAGGUUGCGGAGCAGGAGUCUGCUGGCGCACAAUUAGGUUCCACUGAGAAGAAAAGGUCUUGUUGGACGCAGGUUCUGAAUCUUCCGGGAGAAAAUGGAGAAGUCGGGCACAUUGAAUACUGUGCGUUUCUAAACGCGGAAGAUCUUUAUUCUGGCGGACCCAAGAAUUCGAGGACCGAGUUGCUGGGUGCGGAGACCAGUGAGGUUCUGAGAGAAGUCACGUCUGCCUUCCAGACUCUUGUCACGGGAAGAAAUUUUAGGGCAAAUAAGGCUGACAGUGACGUCGUCGAAGAUGCAGCGGAUACGAAAGCGGACGGUGAAAAGACAAGACGUCAGUUUGGUGCUAACGAAGAGAAAGACGAUGAACACGAACAUGUCUUUCAAGCUGAAGCCGUAACGUUGGAAAAAGCGUUAGGACCUCUCGUAGAUGAAAAGGGAGAAAUGCAACAGGACCGCCCGGGUGGUAGCAACGCUUCAGCGCCAGAAGAGGCGAAACCCGCAAAGGCGCAAGAUAGUACUGCUGUUUCCCAGGCUGCUGCCGAAAAUGAGUAUGGAAAGCUGCCGCGCAACAUUGCUGAUGAAGAACCGGAAAAACUAAGCGAACUGACGCAGCCGAUGAAUAUCGAGCCGACGCCGAUGGACGUAGACGCAACGCAGCACGUUCCAGAUACGGAAGUAAGGAACUCAAACGAAUCAGGACCAGCAGCAGAUGUAGAUCCGGAGGGUUCUGUCACUAAAGAAGUAGGAGUAACAGAGAAGGCGUCUGAAGAUGACCGCGAGCGUGACCACGUGCAACCAGACGCUGGCGGAUCUCGUCAAGAAAAAAAACUCGCACCAACUAUUAACAGUGCUGAAAUACAGGAGGCGACACAAGGACAUGAGGACUUCAAGGGACAAGCUGUGGUCGCAGGGGACGACGAAGUACUCGCGGCGUCAAUGAAAAAAGCAGACUUGGAGGUGAAGAAGCCAGAGAUUGAGAAGCGCGAGCAAAUUACAGUGGCAUCUUCUUUCAUUUCCGAGAGCAGCAUCGCUGAAGCGCCCUCAUCUCCGGACGUCUUAUUUUCUGCUGCUCCACCGGAAGCGACGACCCCUCCGAGGGAAGCUCCAUUAGUGUCCAACACAGCUCCUUCUGCCAGUAGUUCCCGGGACCAGUACAAUGUGCAUCCGGACCGCACGGCGAAGAAGGAACUCAAUUACCACGACCGCACCGAGGGUCACCGGCAGCAGCAACAGCGCAUCAAUUUUACCGGUCGGCCCUCCCCCACAGUGAAUGCAAUCGCGAACAAGCAGCGCGGCCAUUUGAACAUUCUGCAGCCGGCUUCCAAACUCAUUAGCUUGAGCAGUUCGUCUUCCAACGACGAAGCGACCGCGACAGUGAGAGCAGCUGCACCGCUACAGGAUAGAAGACAACACGCUCCCCCGCCGGGGCUCGUUGUUUCGUCUUUCAGCGCGCCGAGAACUUUGACACGAAGUGCGCACUCACAUUCCAACUCAGCGUCGAAGCUGCAGGCUGAGGGUCAGGUACUUGUUGCUGCGCAUGAUCCUAGUAGCGAGAGCCAGGUGCAGCUAGAUGAGCCGCGUCCUCGUAAGGAUGAUCGAGAUCAAGCCAUCUUCACGGUGGAUCCUGAUGACCAGUCGUCCGCCAUCAUUGGAGUAGUCGAACCUAUGCCUCCACCUUUGCCGCUACGGCGUGAUCUCCCGCGUUCUCUGGAGCCGGUUGUGCGCCCGGCGGGAAACAGCUUCGGUCUGUGGAUGGGUCGCGAAGAAGAGCAGCCGUCGCCACCCCGCGGUCGCUCCCGGGAAGUCGUCGUUUUACCUCGGAUUUCGCAGCAGGUGAAAUCCAGCACGCUACCAGCAAGGGGACCACCCGAUGGAACAUCAAUGGGCUAUAGUGACUUAUUCGGGAGUAGAGGCGCACCAGGGACCUUUCAACCACACCAUCUAGCGGGUAAUGGUCUACUUCAAAAUGCAGCUCCCAAUCCCAAAGUUGUCGCGCCACCUUCUGCCGUGGCGGCGUCUUCGUUCCCGGGUGCCACGAGUGGCGGAAGCGGAGGUGGGGAACUGCGGAGUAUGAAACUGUACCCCAGUCUAUGCAAGAAAAAAACUAUGUGAGUGUAAGUCUGUGAUGCAAAAAAUGCAAAACUGUCACACUUGUGAUGCUGGAUGUGCGUCAUAGGCUACUUCCAUACGUGUUUUGGCAUGCUAAUUGCGCAUGACAGGUUUCCCCUGUAAUGCAAAGCGAAUUUGUGAUGCUGCUCUUCCUACAAAGUUACACUUACACAGCUUUUUUCCUGGAUACAGUCGCGGACUGAUUCCGCGGCCGCCAAGUCAGCCAAGGGACUCCACGAAGAAUCGCUCUCUGAGCAACGGGCAGCAAGUGGUGGUUGCGAAAAAUCCACGCCUUGCGAACAUGAAGGUUGUUGCAGGUGGGAGUGCCAAUAGCACCAACGACUGAACCGACAUCUUCAAGGCCGCGCCCCUUCUUCGUGCAUUCAGGCUGUAGAAAACCACAGACGAUCAAAUUUACAGUUGGAAUUAUAAGCGCGUGAGAAUGUGUAAUUCAGAUGAGAUUGGAGCCGUGUGCAGAUCAGUAUGAUGUGAG